CCCGUCGUCUCACUUUGGAUUUCUUGGCGGAAGAGAAGAGAGAGAAAAAUCUGAGAUGGCUCGUACUAAGCAGACUGCUCGCAAAUCAACCGGAGGGAAGGCUCCAAGGAAGCAGCUUGCCACCAAGGCUGCACGCAAGUCUGCCCCAACUACUGGAGGAGUGAAGAAGCCUCAUCGCUACAGGCCUGGAACUGUUGCUCUUCGUGAAAUUCGCAAGUACCAGAAGAGUACUGAGCUUCUGAUCAGGAAGCUGCCCUUUCAGAGGCUUGUCAGGGAAAUUGCUCAGGACUUCAAGACUGAUCUGCGCUUCCAGAGCCAUGCUGUGCUAGCUCUGCAGGAGGCUGCCGAAGCAUACCUUGUUGGGCUCUUUGAGGACACAAAUCUCUGCGCUAUCCAUGCCAAGCGGGUCACCAUUAUGCCCAAGGACAUUCAGCUUGCCAGGAGGAUUAGAGGCGAGAGAGCUUAAGUUUGCCUGGCUCUCUUCCCUGGCUUUUGUGGAGUGACUUGAAAAGUUUCGCUGCAGCUAGUUGCCGCUUAUUUCUGUAAUAGAACCAUGUUAUGUAGCUUUCAUUUUGAACCCCAUAGCUUUAGUAUGUAGCUUAGUGGUGGUUGUGCUUUCUUUUGUUGCUGGAUUUCGUGGACUGUGCCUCUGAUUACGCUCUCUGGUCUAAUGUUAAAGACUUCAAUAGCAUUGUAAGACAUCUUGGUUCCUCCCAUCACCUGAGCGAUGGUUUUUACUGAUGCUAAAUAGUAGUUGGUUGAUACUUGCAACUUAUA